CGCCCAUUGGCCGGGCCCUCCACGAGUUCCACCUACCGGGCGUUACUUUCAGUCCCCCUGAAAAACCAGUCCGACUUUCAGCACUCCACUCAGCAGUCGAAUUGGAUUCGACAGAGCGUUUUCAGUAAACGGACAAUCGCCGAAGGGAGAAGUUUGGUGAAUUCGCCGUUGGAAAUACACAUCAGGAUUCGCGUCGAUAAAAUCGAUCGGUACAAGAUGCAUUCCAUGAACGAUCCAGCGUCGGUGUUGUCGGGGAUGAUGUCGUUCGACUCGAUCAGUCUGUACGAGCAGCCUAAACCUAGGUUUAUAUUCAAAAUGCCGCGAGUGGUGCCCGAUCAGAAGGCGAAAUUCGAGAGCGACGAGCUGUUUAGGAGAUUGAGCAGGGAAAGCGAGGUUCGGUAUACGGGUUACAGGGAUCGACCGCAGGAAGAACGCUCCAUAAGGUUCCAGAAUGCCUGCCGCGAAGGCCACACGGAAAUUUCAUUCGCAGCGACCGGUACCAACUUGCAAUUGGUUUUCACACCGCCCACCACCGGCUACAUGCCCGACAAAGAAUGCGAUUUCGAAAAAGAACCCGGAAAGGUGCACAUAAAAGCGAAUUUCAUCAUGAACGGGGUGUGCGUGAGGUGGCGCGGCUGGAUCGACGUCGAGCGUCUCGACGGCGUCGGCUGUCUCGAAUACAACGAGGAGCGCGCCGCCCAAGAGGACGCCCUUCUGCGUGAGCAGAUCGAAAGGUACAAUCAGCGAUUGAGGGAGUUCGAGGACAAGCAGAGGGGCUAUCGACAAGAUAGGGCCGAUCAGGACCUCGAGUUACGAAUGUCAAACAACAUCCACGGCCACCACGCUCAUCACGGCGUCUCCUCCCGCUGCCACGGACCACCUAGGAGUGAUAGAAGAAUGACCUAAUAUUAGCCUUCAUAUUGUACCUACAAAAGAUUUUUAUGUGUACCUAUAUCUACUACAGUACUUACGAUGUGAUUGUUUUAAUUCGUAUAAAAUUGUAUUGGAGAUAAAAAGAAGUAGAUAAUUGCCAAAUAAUUAAAGG